GCGCAGUUCGGUGAGUUGCAACGUCAGAGUGGACUAGAAGCUUGACGCAUAGUAUACCUUGUCAUCAUUUAAUAUUUCUAUUCGAAUGUAAAUGUUGCGCAGCGUCAGAUAAGUGAUAGUGAAUUUAUCAUAGGAUAGGUAUAAUCCUCAACUCAUUCGACACCGGCACCGGCAGUACAAUUUAACGCACGAUACAGAGUCGACGUGCGCGCGCGCACAUCAUGAAAACACUAUGGAUUUGCGUGGCUUUUAUAGCCACAUACGGGAAUUUAGCUGUAGCUGAUGAUAGUGAAGAAGAAGGUUUAUUAUACUAUGAUGAUUCGUAUGAAUACAAUUUAGAUUCCAACCAAUAUCAGGGUGGAGAAACUAAUGAAGAUACUGACAACAAACCUCUAAAUGAUUUCAUUAAUGUGUUUAGAACUACACUAGCGGACAAACAAUAUGAUAUUCAAGAUUAUCAGGUUGAAGACAACAGAUUAAGUGAAGACAUGUAUGCUGCUGAAGAUGGUCAUCUAAAUUCCAAUAAAAAUGUAGGAAAACAGACUGAAAAAGAAGUUACAACAGCUACAAAGCUUGAUGACUCUAAAUUACACAUAGGAAAUUCAGUAGAAACUGGAGAUGACAAUUUGAAUUACGAUGAAAAAAUAUUCAAUGACACGAAGGCUAUUUUAGAUGAUGAAAACGGGAAUGAUUUUGAGAAAACUACUUUCGUUGAACUAAACACAGAGAAAACCUCAUCUCUCACCGAAAUACUUGAAGAAACUCGUAGACUUUUGAAUGAAACUCUUGAUAAAAUGGAGGAAGAAAACGAAAAUGCAGACGAUGAUCCACUUAGUUAUUCAUUUUUCCCACUAGAGUCUUAUGAAGACGUUUCGAAUGAAAAUCUGAAUAUAACUGAAGAGGACUCAGUAGACCAAGCUAUUAAAGAUUUUAAAAAUGAUUUACAAAAGUUGCAAGAAACAUGGGAUAAACUAAAUGAUUUCGAUGCUAGCAUUUUUGAAUGGAAUGAUCAGGAUAAAAUAUCAACCAAUAAUAUAACAUCAUCAGAAGAAAGUGAGGAGUUCGAAAAUGUAUUAUCUGACGAAGACAAAAAAGAAGAAAUUAAGAGUGUUAAUGAAGUAAUUCCAGAAGACUCUCAACUAAAAACAGAAAUAAACGCGUCUCACCCUAUCUUGUAUCUUGACGAUGCUUUGCCGGCGAGCGAAUCUGAAACCACACACUCAAAAGAAGAUAAAACUACACCAACACUUACAACACAAGAAAUCAUCUUAGCUGACGUAUUAAAUAACAUUCAACCGGUGAAUAGAAACUUUUUACUUACCGAAAAAGAAAGCAACAGUACCGCUGAACUUACACAAACUACGCCAAACGUUGAUAAUUUAUCUAGUGCAGAAGUUGAAACCCUCAUGAGUGAUUUCGAUUCUAAAAAUCAAAUUGCAGAAAUCACCCAAAGUGACAUUGCAGCUGCUACUAACAUAUGGUUAACAGUAGACAGCCCUACUGUUAUAACAUCGCCUGGUUUUCCCAAUCCAUACCCAACUAACAUUGUCACUGACUGGAUGAUCACUGGCAAUGGAGUGGGAAUUGAGUUAAAUGUUACCGAUUUGGCUAUCAACGGCCACGUAGGAGAUUAUCUUCUUUUUAAGCCAGGUGGCUUAGAUGUAUCUGGCUCGAACGGUCUCAUAUUCUCUUACACCCUUCGGAAUGAAAGACGAUACAGGUUCCUCGAUGUAGACAAGAUGUUCGUACGUUUUGAUGCAAGACGUGGACCUCAAAUUCUUCGUGGUUUCAGCUUUAGCGUCCGGAUGGUCUCCCCAAGACCAGGUAUGCCAGAACCAGAACCAGAACCGACGCCAGUAAUUCCCGACCCGCCCGAAACCAUCACCAUAAACCUCGGAGGUGUGUCUCUGGAAGGUUUCCUACAAAUUGAGGAAGAGUUCCGUCAAAUUGUUGCAAAGAUGGCAGCGACCUACAUUGCCAACAAUGACAUCGACCCUGGUAUUAAUACUACAUUAGAAACAACACAAAUAACAAGCAGAGCACUAUGCUUCCAUAACUGGCCGAAGUUCGAGCAAUGCGCUGAAGUGAGAUUCGGAGUGGCACUCGUCUACGAGGAUAAUCAAGAUAGUGAAAGUGAAGAAAGGGAGCCCAGGCUCAACGCAGCGGAUCUGACGAACAUGUGGGAGAUGUAUUCGCAACGCAAUCCAUAUGCUGAGAUUUUGAGAUCUUUGGGAAUUACGGAAUAUCAAGUGCCAAACGAUAGAGGCAUACUGACAGUGUGGCUCGUGAUAGCUGGCGGCGUCGUUAUCUCUAUGGCUAUGCUUGCUUUCGCUCUGUGGCGCUUCAACUGCUUCGAUAAUUAUACAAGGAUGCCAGCUUUUAGCGACACUGACAGCGUAAAGGAGAAGCGCAACCUGGAUCUGUACCCCACUCCUCACCAGACCCUGCCGCCACUGUACUCAGAGACGGACUACAAGUGGGCUGAUGCUAAAUAUGACGACAGCACUAAAGUGGACGUUGGAGGUUACACUAAUAAGAGCUAUAUGCGAGAAGAUCCAUACGAUCUGGAUUCAGAUGAGGACAUUGUUCCAGUUAGCGCCAGGUACACAACAGACGUGUAGCCGAAUUUGAUACUCUUGUAAAAAUCGAAAUACCAGCUUCAGUCCACGGGACAUUUACAGCGUCUAAUAUUAUACUAUCUACUUAGAGAAGAUGUAUAAUUUGUAUUGAGGCUUUUUGAUUAAGAUAUUAUUGUGAUUUUAAUAAUUUAGUAUAACAGUCUGUUUGCACUUUAGGUGUUUCUUUAAUUUUGUUGUUUUCGUAACUUUGCAUAAUCAAUUUCAUUUUUUCAUACACAAUGUUAAAGGCAUAUUUUUAUUUAUAGUCAAAUAAACUUAGAUUUUAUAAAGUCUUAUAAAAUUAUUUUCAAUUUACACAAAACAUUUUUAUCAAAUUUAGUGUUAACUUUUCUUAUAAUUUAGAUUACGCCUUAUUAUCAUAAUAUAAAUACGGAAAUUUAUAUAAGUUACAUAAUAUACCUUAUAUUUAAGUAAUAUAUAAGAUUGUGUAGAUAAAAUUGUACAGAAAAUAUAAACCAACAAACUAGUGUAAUGUACGUAUAGUAAACAAAUACCUACCAACAAUUAUUAUGCAAGCCACUGAAAUUACUAGCGGCUUUCAAAAUGGUGUCCCUUUGCACAAUUUUUCAAAUAUCCGCUAAAUUCUUAUUAACUAAUUUUUGGAAGGCUAUAAUGAUACUAAAUUCUUUUUAAUCUUACAUGAAUUUAAUUUUAAUAUUAAUCAAUGCUCGUAGGUACCUAGCGUUAAUAUUUUUAGAUAAUAAUACACAGUACCUACAUAAAAAGUAAUACCAUUAAUUUUGUAUUACCUAUGGUUAUUAAAAUACACUUUUUACACGUAUUUUCUUUACUUUUUUAUUUUACAAUGUCAAUAAGAAAAAUUACUUGUAAAAUAAAAACAUAACUAUAAUGAUAAAUACAAAUAAUAAAUAUCAAAAAAAUAUGAUUAUUUGUUACCUGUAAUAAUUUACACUACUAUUAACGUGUUAAAAAUGGUUUAAUAUAAAUAUUGUCAGAAUCAAUAUUUACAACACAUUUAUCUGGAUCAAGUAAUGAAAUUUUAUAUAAAUCAAAAUUAUUUAUAUUUUUGUGUUUAUUGUUAUGAUCCAAAGAAUAACUUAUUUAACUUCAAUCAUAAUUAUUAUUACUAAGAAAGCUAACAAAAUCAUCAAAAAUGUUUUCAUCAGAAUUUAACAUGAGGUUGUGAGAACUCUGAACUUAAUUCUACUUAUUGUAUGAUCUAAUGAAGUUAUAUUAUUCUACAACUUAUGAAAUGUAUGUAAAAGAUCAAUUUUAUUUGAAUUUUGUUGUUACUUUAUAUUAGGAUAAGUCAGAAUUUAUUAAUUUAAAUAUAUUGUACAUGAUGUUGUUUUGCUUAUAAAAAGUCUAUGCCCCAAAUGUUUUUAAAAAAUCGUCACGCAUGUAUUUCAAAAUAGAAAAUAAUGCGAUGCGGUGUUAAAACUAUCAUAAAAGAAGUAUUUAUUUUAUAAUUGUUAGUCAUUAAACGUGUAAUAAAUGUAUUAAAAUCUGUUAAGCAAACUACCUAUCCUACCUAUUGAAAAUCUGAUAAAUUUUUAAUGUGCAAAAGAAUAGUAAGUCGCAUUUUAUAGUUAUAGAUUUAUAGAUACUAAUUAUAUUGAAUAAUUAAUAGUUCCAAGAUAAUGCUUUACCUAUUUCAAAUUAUACGAUGAUUAUAAAAUAGCUAUCACACAAAUGACAUUGUUAUGUGAGUUAACGGAGUAUCCAACUGUUCACAAAUAUAUCAAUAAUUACAUGUAUUUUUUUUCACA